AAGUUACUAAUCAGGCUGAAACACAUAGAGUUGAUGGAAGGGGCUACGAGGAAAGAAGUGUCAUGCUGCUAAUGGGCUAAGAGGAUCCAGCACGGAGAAGUGGACGAGAGAGGGCCUCACCAUGUCCAUAGCUCCUUUUACACCUGUGUGGAGGAACAGUGCUGAGUGAAGGGCAGAAAAUAAGAAAACAGAAAUGCCCUGCACUUGGAUAACUUCUGAUCUUCAGCUACUACUGAUUUUGACUCUCUUCUUAGUUGCAGAAUGCAUAAGUUCAGUAAUGGAAGAUCUUGUUACAUCAAACAACUCAUUAAUGCAGCAGAUGGUCAAGGACAAUUACAGUUGGGCUUCAACGAUUACUUCAUCUAUGGACAGAAAGCAGAGCACUGUAACACCUCCUGCAGAAGUUAACACUUCACUAUCAGUACUAGUGGGUACAAAGGCUGUGCUCUCUUGCCCUCUUGUGCCGUGCACAAGUAUACUGCUAACAACAUGGGAAAUAGUCCUCAGAGACAAGCUGCCCUGCUUCAGAGCCUUCAGGGGUGAUACAAAUGAGACCAAGGGAGGAAACUGUACCGACGAGAGAAUAACCUGGGCCUCCAGACUUGACAAGAAUCCUGCCCUUCAGAUUGAUCCAGUGGCCAUCACUCAUGAUGGGUAUUACAGGUGUCAAAUGGUAACACCUAAUGGGAAUUUCCAUCGUGGAUAUCACCUCCAAGUGUUAGUGCCCCCUGAGGUGAUCCUGGUUCAAACUGAGAAUGGAACUGCAGUGUGCAAGGCAGUUGCAGGGAAGCCAGCUGCACGGAUCUCCUGGACCCCAGAGGGAGACUGUGUCACUGAGCAAAAACGUCAUUGGGACAAUGACACAGUGACCAUCCAGAGUACAUGCUACUGGGAGGGCCGCCAUGUACCUAAUGUGUCUUGCUCUGUCUCCCACUUGACUGGCAACAAGAGUCUGUCCAUAGAGCUGGAUCAAGAUGCCAAAACAUCAGCACCCUUAAGAAUUUUACGUAUCGUCCCCCCUAUUUUUAUUAUCUUGGUCAUCGUUGGAUCCAUUUGGCUUUUGAAAAUCAGUGGCUGCAGAAAACUGAAAAAAACAGAACAUACUUCAGUUGUUGAGGAGGAUGAAAUGCAGCCCUAUGCCAGCUACACAGAGAAGAACAAUCCACUUUAUGAUACUACAAACAGGGUGAAGAUGUCUAAGGUGUUACAAAGUGAAGCUGAUGGGAUGAGUCUCCAUACUGUAUAUGUUCCUGAAGUGUAGCACCAGGACAAAUGAAUCAAGAUACAGUACAGAUACUGUUUUGAUUUUCUUGGAGUUCUGGAAUGGAAGGCUUAUUUUGAAAUUAGCUUUUCAAAGAUUCUUAGAAGACAGAGACAUUCUAGAGGAUUUGCAUUCAUAUCCUUAUACAUUUGAAAUUUUAGAAUUUUAGCUGUUACUAUGUAGCUCUUUGAAGAACUGAUAUUAUUACAAAGAAAGCUCAUGCUCAUGAUAAAAUAUUCAAAUUGUUCAACACAGAAGAUGAUGAAAACUGAGUUACCUCAAGUAACUCCACAGAAGGAACAAUUAACCAACAGUUUUUAUGUAAUCUUCUAGAAAAUUUCUUUGUGCAUAUGUCAUAUCUAUAUGUGCAUGGUAUAUGUGUGCACUUAUAUGUCCAUUUACAUAUACAUACACAUAACCUUGUCAAGACACAAAUGGGAACAUACCAUAGUUUUGUUCUGUACUUACAGAUAGCUAAUAAUAUAAUAUAUCCUGAAGAUCUUUUAUAUCAACACAAGCAGAGCUACCUCAUUCUUCCUGAUGGGUACAAAAAAUUCCAUUGUAUGUAAUGGAAUUUAAUUUAAUUAACCACAACUCUAGUGGUGGACAUGUAGAUUAAGUUUUGUUUAUUUUGCUAUUAUAAACAAUACUACAUAGAAUGAUUCUUGUGACUAUAUCUCUUUGUAUGUGUUUGAAUAUAUUUGUAAGAUAAUUUCCUUGAGUGAAAAUGCCAGGUCAAAGGGUUUGUGCAUUUCUUUUAUUGACUAAUAUGUCAAACUGUGUCAAUUUACAUUCCCUCCAACCCUGUUUGAAUGUGCCUUUUCUGUUAUUUUAAUAUCUGUAAAAUGCCAACCUACUGUUAGCUAAUAUGAUAUAAGAUUAUAAUAAGAAUUUCACUAUUUAAUAAAACUGAAUUUAUAUUUU